CGAAGGAAUUGUCAAAAAUUGAAUUCGGUAAAGAGGUGACAUAUGCGAAGAAGAUGCCAAAAGUACCAUAUGGUGCAAUCAUUCGUGAUAUUUCCAUUUGGGGUGUAUGGAUUGCAAGUAUUGGUGGUACCUUAGGUUUUCAAAUAUUUUUUCAAUAUGGACCAGUGUAUCUUAAUGAAGUGUUAAAUUUUACCGUAGAAAAAGCUGGUUUAGCUUCAGCAUUACCAAUGAUACUAUCAAUUAUUGUUAAAGUUCUUGCUGGUCCAUUAAGUGAUCAUGCUAUUUGUUGCGGUGAAAAAGCUCGAGUAAUGUUAUUUACUUUUAUUUCUCAAGGUUUUAUGAUAGCAUGCUUUAUAUUCUUGGCAUUAAUACCUGCGGAUCAGGCUAACUUAGGUCAAAUAGCAUACACAGCAGCGAUUGCAUCUAGCGGAUUAAAUUGCGUGGGUGUAAUUAAAAGUGCACAAUUGGUUGCUCGCCAACAUAUACAUUUCGUCCUAUCAAUCUUAUCAAUUAUCAGUUGUUCAGUAAUUCUAAUUAUUCCAUUGUUUGUAUUACUUAUUGCACCAGAUAAUACCGCUGAACAAUGGUCAAAAAUCUUCUAUGUGAUUGUUAUUUCAAUGAUUGUUUGCAAUAGUCUCUUCUUCUUUGUCGGUAAAGCAUCACCAGCACCAUGGACUAAAGUAAACAAUCAUCAAGUUUACACAAUUAAUCAGCCUCAAAUGAUCAAUCCUGUGAUAACGGAUGGACAAAUUGUAAAUUGUCAAUUAUAA